AUGUCCUACUAUUUUGUCAUCAUUUCACCGACCGACUCGCCGCUCUUUGAAUUGUCCUUUGGAACUUCCAAGGCUGGCGGUGACGGCAUCGCCCGAUUUCGCAAUGGAGAAACAUCUCGGUACAUGAAUCAAUUCAUUGUCCACGCUGCUCUGGACGUAGUGGAGGAGGUGCAAUGGCUAAGCCCCAGUAUGUGGCUCAAGGUCAUCGACAACUAUGCGCCAACGGACUCCCAUAUCAGUUGCUUUAUCACGGGCACCAACGUCCGCUUUAUGCUUCUUCAUCAGCCGUCGGCAAUGACCAGUGCUUCUGCUGGGAGUCGAUCCUCUACCAUAUCUUCAACAUCUAUUCCUCAGAAUCCCACCAGUCCUCAAACCGAGGAAGCCAUUCGGCAAUUUAUGAAUGAAGUCUUCGAACUCUGGGUCAAAACAUUGAUGAAUCCGUUCUUCAGCAUCGGAACUCCCAUUAAAAGCCCUGUCUUUAGACAGCGUGUCUCUGCAGCAGGUCGAAAAUGGCUUUAA